AUGACUCCCACGACGUCCCUCUCGAUGCACAAAUUGUUAUCGGCAUCAAUCUGCGUACUAAUAACCCUCAGCAUACUCAUUUACUCGAUAAACGACGAUAAACAACAUUGCAACGAGCUGCUCACUGAUACUCAUUUAGAGCGUGGAUUGUACACUGAAAACUGCCUUCCAGCCACUCACUCUCGUCUAUCCGCUGAGCAGUGUUUGAGUGGUGAGCAAGUCGCUUUCAUCGGUGACAGCACCACACGCCAAUUAUACGACAAUUUAGCUCUUUUUCUCUCACUUAGAAACCCUUCUGUGGCGAAACACGCGGACAAAUCUAGCGGCGACAGUGCACGCGCACUUUCUAUCCACUUUAAAUGGGAUCCAUACCUCAAUUCCACCGACUUGGACACACUCCCUCGGAAUACCUUUACCGUACUCGGCACAGGUCUCUGGUACCUCCGCUACGUCGAUAUCCAGUCCUGGUCAGCCACCGUGGACUCCGUCUACACCCGCACCCUCCCCUACAACUCCCUCCUCCUCCCUGUCCUCCACCCGGAAAUCAACAAGCUGUCUUCCGAACGCAGCCUAACAAUAACUGACGACGAUGUCGACGCAAUGAAUGCCGAUCUCAGUGUACGCCGCACGAUCCCCAUACCUUUCGCGCUGAAUGACAUAGUCAGCGCAUCCCCCAACGAGACCACCGAUGGUCUCCAUUACUCCCCCAAAGCGUUGCACCACGCUACACAGCUCCUACUCAACUACUGGUGCAACGAUCUCACACCAUCCAACAACGUCUCUUGCUGCAGACCGUACCCUUCACCGCGACCGAUGCAAUUUUUGUGUCUCACUUUCCUCGUCCUUGUUGCCGCCGCCAAAGUGGUACAAGCGGCAUUCAAACCCGAUCACCCGCGUCAAUACCUCCUCACACAAUCGUCCAUCUUUGCUGCUGUACUCCUCCUCGCUUAUCUCACAGACAGAUCGCAUAUUUUCACGAAAUCCCCUAAGCAGUUCUCCCUAUUAGCUGUACUCCCCCUGCUUCUCAUGGUCGGUGGAGUGGGCUACAAGACCGCCACGCGAAAUCAAGACAACACGGGUGUGCUAAAUCGUGCCCAGACGGAUGAAUUAAAAGGGGCGAUGCAGCUUGUUAUACUCAUCUACCACUACUUCAACGGGUCUAAACACCCACAGUUCUACAUCCCCGUGCGCAUCCUCGUUGCUUCAUAUCUCCUCCUCCAAGGCUACGGGAAUAGUAUGUAUUUCCUCAAAAACAACCAACCCACAAUCCCGCGUUACAUUGCAGUAAUGACACGGUAUAAUAUCCUCACUGCGGUUUUGUGUCAUGUCCUCGACGUACAGUACAUCACUUACUACUUUAUCCCCAUCGUCACCAUUUGGUAUACAGUUCUCUGGAUUACCUUCUACUCUUACUCGCAUUUCAACUCUAACCCAAAACUUGUCUCCAUCAAACUGCUGAUAUCUCUCGCGCUUUCGUUGGCUGCUUUGAACAUACCCUACUUGAAUAGCGCUAUACCCUACGAAUACAAAUUCAGACUUAAUUUGGAUAUCUUGGCGCCAUUCACAGGUGCAUUAGUGGCUGUCCUAAUUCACCAUUCCGAAAACACGCAGACGCAUCGGUGGAUCAACACUACCACCAUUUCGAUAUCCGCUGUAGUAGUGGUGAUGAUGAUUGUGCUAGAUACGCUUGUUACUCCCAUCAAGUACACCUACAACCAAUAUCACACCUUCAUCUCCCCCAUUGUCGUAAUGGGUUGUUUGGUGUUGAGGAAUUGCUCUAACGCUGCUCGCUCUCAUCACUCCACCCUCCUCGCUCAGCUUGGUAGAUGCAGUUUGGAGCUGUUUGUAUUGCAAUUUCACCUCCUUUUGGCUGGUGAUUCAAAAGGUACACUCGUACUACUCCCUUACUCAAACAAACUGCUCAAUUUCGCUGCUGGUUUGGCCUUGUUUAUCCCACUCUCAAUCAAGAUUAACGAGGUAUCUACAUAUUUUGUCGGAAUCGUUGUCGCUUUUGUCACCCCAAAUUCCUCUCAUUCCUCUCAUUCCUCCCUACCACUCAACAAAUCACCCAUACCAGACACCACCCUAACCACACUCUCGAAACGUCGUCAAAUCAUCCUCAUCAUAGGAACUGCAUUCGUAUUGUCAUUCACUAAAUUAUUCUAUUAG